GCAAAGAAGGGCCGCAAGGGUGGCCGGGGCGACCCUGGGAGGCCCCGGGGAGCGCGUGGGCUGCUGGGAGUUGUAGUUCGGGCCGCUCUAGGUUCUCGGACGUGGAGACUCCCCAAAUCCCAGGUUUGCCCUCCGCCUGCCCUUGCUAGUGCCGGGCCGCAGGGGAGCCGUUAUCGGCUGCCGUUAAGGACCGUUACCAUUCCCGGAGUGGCAGAGGUUGAAUGAAGAUGAACAAAAUGUAGCUGAGGAAGCAUGAUGGGAGGGAGUGGAGGCGCUGGUUUCUGUGGACCCCCCAGUUCUUGCCGUUGAAAGUUUACAUAAGACUCUACCAUGUCCUUCACCUCGUGCUAAGCGGUUCUUGCUCGGCGGAGACCCUUUCCAGCAGGCAAUGUGAGGGCCGGGACCCAGCUCAGAAAGUGCUCAGUCCUCUGUCCUUCCUGCGUGGCCCCUCGGCUACAGGCCUCCGUCCCUGGCAAAGAUGUUCCUGGUGGGGCUGACGGGGGGCAUCGCCUCCGGCAAGAGCUCGGUGCUGCAGGUCUUCCAGCAGCUGGGCUGUGCCGUCAUUGACGUGGACGUCAUCGCCCGGCACGUGGUCCAGCCCGGGUACCCGGCCCACCAGCGCAUUGUGGAGGCCUUCGGUCCUGAGGUCCUGCUGGAGAACGGGGACAUCAACCGCAAGGCCCUGGGGGACCUGGUCUUCAACCAGCCCGACCGGCGCCACCUGCUCAACACCAUCACGCACCCCGAGAUCCAGAAGGAAAUGAUGAGGGAGACCGUCAAGUACUUCCUCCGGGGGUACCGCUACGUGAUUCUGGACAUCCCCCUGCUGUUUGAGACCAAGAAGCUGCUCAAGUACUUGAAGCACACGGUGGUCGUCUACUGUGACCGCGACACGCAGCUGGCCCGGCUCAUGCGGCGCAACAGCCUGAGCCGGGAGGACGCGGAGGCCCGGAUCAACGCCCAGCUGCCCCUGAAGGACAAGGUGCACCUGGCCGGGCACGUCCUGGACAACUCGGGCGAGUGGAGCCUCACCAAGCGCCAGGCCGUCCUGCUGUACGCCGAGCUGGAGCGCUCGCUCGAGUACCUGCCGCUGCGCCUGGGCAUCCUGGCGGGCCUGGCCUGCGUCAUCAGCCUCCUGCACCUGCUGGCCCGCUGCCUCACGGCCCACUCGUAGGCAGGCGCCGGGCCCGCAGCCCCCGCCCCCCCCCCCCGCUUCCCGCCCCUCUCCUGGAGUCCUCCCCACCGCCAGCUAGUGCUCCCCGCCGGCCCCGGGCCCCCGUGCUUGGCUCCGCUCGCAGAGUACCGUCCCCGCGGGUCUGUGUGGUGGCGUGGGCCAAAGGGGCUGGGUCCCCAGCCUUGACCUCUCCCUAGGUGAAAUUUCCAUCAAGGACCAGCCCGGGCAGCCCAGGACGUCGUGGUCCUGUGGCCAGGCGGGUGGACGGGGGGAGGGGGGAUCUUCAGAAACAGCCCACCAUGACCCCAGCCGGCCAUUUCUCCUGCAUGUCCCCACCCUGUCCACCCCAGGUUCCGGCUUGACCGCAGUGCUGCCCACUUCCUGCUGUCUCUCGCCUCUGUGCCUUCGCCCACCUGCCGUCCCUUUCCCCCCUCGGGGCUGGUCACUCCCAGGAGGCUGGACACCACCUCAGACAAUUGCCCCCAGACCCCUGGGGUCGGGGCCUCCUUGACUGAGCCCCGGAAGGACAGGGACCCCGCUAUCACCCUCCUGUCUGGGACCCGGCCCGACUUGCUCUGUCUGGUGCUGAAUAAAGUGUGAAGCUGA